AUGUCAGCUGCACACUGUGCUGCGCAAAACGGCGGUUUACACGACGUUGCAAAGGACUGCCGGGUGCUUCUGGACAAGUUGAGCAACCACAGAGAAAGAUGGGCAGGCCUCCUCUACAAGGAUCUGGAAUCUUCAGAUGCCAAGAUUGAACUUCUCGCUUCCUGUGAAUCCUUACUCAAUAGGGUAGAAGUGCUGGUAAACUGUUUUGCUGAUGCGAUUAGAACUCUUACUUCGUGCUUGGAUAACUGCAGCAUGGGAUCAAGUCAAGGCAAACUCAAGUCUUGUAUGGAUAUGGCGCUGGGCAAAGCCUCUGGCUUCGAUACGCUCGUUGCUUGUUACUUUAAGUUGAUAGGUCUUUGCACAUUAUGGACUGAACGCUGUUUUUCACCAGAUCAACACCGCAAGUUGGAGGGGAUAAAAGAGGAUCUCACAGACAUCCGAACCCAGCACGAAGAUAAACUGAUCUUACACAAUCAGUUGGUCGGACUCAAUGCAGCUCUCGAGUUAUGCAAAACCCUGUCAUCAAUGUUUGUGUAUCAAAAUGCAGUAAUUGCGAACGAGGGCCUUCAUGAGGUUUACAAGUUGCUUAUGAAGGACGAUAUUGCGCAGACGCUUCUCAAAACCACCAUGAACAUGCAACAAAUGGAGCUAAACAAAGGAGAAUUGCCAGGCGUCUUUUCGGAGGAGUUACUUAGUCUAUUGCGUGAAUACGCCAUUUGCGCCAACACGAUUACGGGUGCGAUUCGUUCGAACGAGGGAACUCUCGAUGUAUUACCAAGUCUUGUGGCGAAACUCCGAUCAUUUGAGGUGUCUAUACGGGUCUUGGUGACUAAGGAUGUCUCGAAAGAAGAAUUGGGCUCAGUAAUUUUCUAUUUGGAGUGCCUAAAAUGUGAUCAAACAGCCGAACUGGACAGACUCCGACAGAUCUUGCGAGAGAAUGAUCAUAAGGAUCUCUGA